GCCCUACCAAAGCUGUAUGCUUGAACGGAGUGAAUGACGUCUCUGCAUUUGCGGGCCGCCGACGCAGGGCUGGGUUUCCAUUUUCAGAGCGAGUUUCGGGGGGGAUCGUCAACAUGGAGCCGGAGAUGGAGGACAAAACGCUAGAACUAAUGACAACAUCAGGUAUGGAGUCCCAAAGUCUUGUGGAUGACCUGUCGCCAAAGAAGAACACAGUACUCAAGAUUAAUAACGGUCCAGUGGUGUCACGCAAACGUCCAUCAGAAGGAAACUAUGAGAAGGAGAAAGAACACUGCAUUGCUUUGUUUGACCAGUGGUCAGAGGCUGACCAGGUGGAGUUUGUUGAGCGCCUGAUCUCCCGGAUGUGCCACUAUCAGCAUGGCCACAUAAACUCCUACCUCAAACCCAUGCUACAGAGGGACUUCAUCACUGCGCUGCCAGCUCAAGGUUUAGACCACAUAGCAGAAAACAUCCUGUCUUUCCUGGAUGCACGCUCACUGUGUUCAGCAGAGCUGGUGUGUAAGGAGUGGCAAAGGGUCAUCUCUGAAGGAAUGCUCUGGAAGAAACUCAUUGAACGAAUGGUUCGAACGGAUCCCCUCUGGAAAGGCUUGUCUGAGAGACAUCAGUGGGAGAAAUAUUUGUUCAAAAACCGUACAGCUGAAGUACCACCCAACUCGUACUAUCACUCGCUUUAUCCCAAGAUCAUCCAAGACAUAGAGACUAUUGAGGCUAACUGGAGAUGUGGCAGACACAACUUGCAAAGGAUUCAAUGUCGUUCAGAAAAUAGUAAAGGUGUUUAUUGUCUGCAGUACGAUGAUGAAAAAAUUAUUAGUGGCCUUAGGGACAACUCCAUUAAGAUUUGGGAUAAACAAACCCUCGAGUGUCUGAAGAUCCUAACUGGUCACACAGGGUCAGUUUUAUGUCUACAGUAUGAUGAGAGGGUCAUUGUCACCGGCUCAUCUGACUCUACUGUCAGGGUGUGGGAAGUGACAACAGGAGAAGUUCUCAAUACCCUGAUUCACCACAAUGAGGCUGUGCUCCACCUACGUUUUGCUAAUGGCCUGAUGGUCACAUGCUCAAAGGAUCGCUCAAUUGCAGUAUGGGACAUGGCAUCUCCUACGGACAUCAGCUUGCGGCGUGUCCUUGUUGGACAUCGAGCUGCUGUCAAUGUGGUCGACUUUGAUGACAAGUACAUUGUGUCUGCCUCAGGGGACCGAACCAUCAAGGUAUGGAGCACUAGUACGUGUGAGUUUGUGAGAACUCUUAAUGGUCAUAAGCGGGGCAUUGCAUGUCUACAGUAUCGAGAUCGCCUUGUGGUUAGCGGUUCAUCAGACAACACAAUCCGGUUAUGGGAUAUAGAGUGUGGGGCAUGUUUGCGAGUCUUGGAAGGUCACGAGGAAUUGGUGCGCUGCAUUCGCUUUGACAACAAAAGGAUCGUUAGUGGUGCAUAUGAUGGUAAAAUCAAAGUAUGGGAUCUACAAGCGGCACUUGACCCCAGGGCUCCUGCCAGCACGUUAUGUCUACGCACUCUAGUGGAGCACUCUGGUCGUGUUUUUCGGCUCCAGUUUGAUGAGUUCCAAAUUAUCAGCAGUUCCCAUGACGACACUAUCUUGAUCUGGGACUUCUUGAACGUCUCGACCAAUGGGCAGUCAGAGGGUCGGUCUCCCUCACGAACCUACACCUACAUUUCAAGAUAGCAGGUGGCGCAACGUACUGCACCUUUUCUUGGAGGAGCCCCGGGCUGAUUGGCUGAAGAUGGGUGAACCCAUUGUGGAAAGGAGUCCUUCUUUCUCCUUCUCGUCAUCUCUCUGUCCAUCUCCCACCUGCCCGAGACCUUUGACUGUUAAGCUUGUGUCCAUUGCCUGCUAGUACCGUGACAUGCACACACAAAGAUCAACACUGAUUUAGAUGACCUACAACACAAUCAAUGCAACUGUCCCGAGAGGUUUACCUUCUAAUACUAAUUUAUGUUUGUAAAGUACACUAAUGUCAGUAUUAACAUUGACCUUAUAGAACCCACACUGUCCCCUAGACCCUCAUUAUAACAGCAGCUUCUGCUCCUCCUUUACAGCCCCGCCAAAAGAAAUGGAAUUGCUAAUAGAUAUAUAUUUAUAUAUAUAUUAUACAAAUGUACACACAAUGGCACAGUUGGACAGAGGAUGACUGGAGCUAUACUGUGGGAGACAGAGACUCUUAACUUGGCUCUAGGAAAAGGGGGAAGGAUGGGAGCCCCUCUCCACUCGCCCCCUGCCCUCCUCCAGCCCCCAGAGAGGCACACACGCUUGAGACGGGGGAGCACACACAGUUUGUGUAUGUGGACUUGAAGCGGCAGAACAGACAUGCAUGUGUGAGGUGCUCAUGGAUACAGCAUCCUUUUGCACCUCUGCUUUUGUUUCUUAAUUCUGUCUUUCUUACUGUUUUUUAUUACUGUUGUUUUCUAAUUUUAUUUGAGUAUUUUGGUUCUUACGUACAAAAAUCAUUAUAUGAGCAGUCCCUAUUGUCGUUUUCCUGUCUUUUUCUCAUUCUGCUAACUUUCUCGCUCAUCUGUCCAUCACUCUUCCUUUCCCAUCUACUUUGUGCUUGCUUUGGUUAUGAGAGAAGCUGGAACUCAAGAGCUCAAAAUUAGCUGUAACAGAGUUGUCUUGUCAAAAUUGUGUUGUAUAUUAAAAAUGAUUUUUUAAAGAAGAGAAUUUACCUUAUUGUGAAUAAAGUACUUGACAGUGGUGGAGUGUUGAGCCAACUGGAACAUGA